AUGGCAACCUGCACAAGCAUCCCCGUGACUAUUCCAAAAGAUGGCUCACUGACAAAGACUACGAUCAAAGAUAUUAUUGGCACGUUUCUCGACAAAGAAUGGCCAAAUGUGGACCCCGAAACUAUCGAUGUGAAAUACCUCACCGGAUACGCAAACACAAACUGCGUGGUUGAACGACCAAAUCCCAAUUAUGGAAUACCCUUAGAACCUCUCAAGGUCUUCCUCAAGAUCAACGGCGAAUUUGACGGGGAGAUUGAAGUUUUCAAGCACUUGGUUCCCGAUAAGCAUGAAGAGGCACAACUAUGCUACGACUAUGGUCAAUCCGGUCUAGGUGCCAAGUUAUAUGGCUUCUUUCAGGCACAAGAUGGCGCUUUCGGAAGGGUCGACGAGUUCUUGAACGCUCGCAAUUUGCAGGCAGAAGACGUGGAAGACGAGAAUAUCCGAACUGACAUUGCGAAAGCACUUGCCGGGUUUCAUACCAUGGAAACGCAACGGAAGAAAAACCCGGUCCAGCAAUAUUACGAUACAGUCACCAGAGGACUUUCGAAGUAUCACAAGAUGAACAAAUUGAAGAGGCUGGCAAAUGAAGUAGGCGUCAGUAUCGACCAUGUUGUUGAUUAUGAUUUUGUCUCCAGAAUCAGAAAAGUCACGGACAGACUGGAAUCCAUUGGAGGAAAAAAGGGAUGGUGCAUCCAUGACGUUCAAUUUAUGAAUGUUAUGGUGAAGAUAAAUCCCAAGCAAGGAGAAAGCAAAAUUGUCCUCAUCGAUUUCGAAUUUGUCUUUCAGAAUUAUCGAGCGUUUGACAUUGGUGGGCACUUUCUGCAGAAGAUGUUCAAGUGGUUUGACGAAGAGAGCAGGAUUGUCAACUGCCGACCUUACACGGGAGAGGAGAAGAGGCAAUUUUGCGAGGAAUAUGCAAAGAUGUGGAACGAGAAGACUGGGGACUCGGAUACAGGUGAACAGAUUUUAACUGAAUCUGAGCUGGGUGUGAUGUUGACUAUUACUUUUGAAAUACAUAACAUGUUGUGUUUCUUGGAUCAGGAAGAUGCAAAGGAUCCGUUGGAACUUCUGGGGCUCAACAAGUUGUUUGAAGAGUUUGUCAAUCAGUAUAAGAAGCUUGGGCUAGGCAAUUGA